GAUGGACAAAUCUCGCAGCCCUAACUCUGACGUCGUUGGCCCCCGUGCGCAAAAGGAUUGGCCGAAUUGGACAGCUACUAUCUUAUGUCUCCUGCGCUAGUGCAGAAGGGAGAGGCCGUUUCAAACUCCCCUGCCUCCAUCUCUGAGAGCUAGAGGGAAUCAGGAUCAGCGGGUCCACCCCACAGCCGUUCAUUGCCUAACCAUGGCGGGUCCUGCAAACGCCGGUAUGAGCCCCUGGUACUCCUCUGGAUCUAGUAACGACGCUCUCUCCCCACUCCCAGCCCUUACCGAGGAGAAGCCGCGGAAGAGGAGAGCAUUUUGCCUGCCUCGGAUGAAGUCCAAGAACCGCAACGACAGUGGCAAGCAACAGCAGCAGCUACCGCAGCAACCCGUGGCAAACAACAACAACAAUAUGCCUUUCAUAAUCCACUGCCAGAUCGGGAAGGAGAUCAAGCACAUAUGCAGCAACUGCCGUGGCGCUGACCCUCAGGACGUUGAGGAGGUGGAGCGAAUAGCGGCGAUGCGAUCUGAUUCGCUGGUCCCUGGCACACACACCCCUCCCAUUCGGAGGCGGAGCAAGUUUGCCACCCUAGGGCGUCUCUUCAAGCCGUGGAAAUGGAGGAAGAAGAAGAGCGAGAAGUUCAAGCAGACAUCUUCUGUCCUGGAGAGGAAGAUGUCGACCCGGCAGAGCAGAGAGGAUCUGAUCAAGAGAGGAGUGAUGAAGGACAUCUAUGACAAAGACGGGGCGGUAGUAAUGAGAGGAGAGGAGGAGAAGAUGGAGAACGGGAGGUCUCCAGCAUUAGGAGGGUCUGAUCCAUCACCAUGUGAUGGAGCUGAGCUGAUGGAUGGAGCAGGGUCAGCCAUAGGUACAGUUGAGUUCCAGAUGUCUGGAGAGGGGGCGUGUCCACAAGACCACACCCAGAAUCCCAGCCAGCCUCCACCCACUAAGAAGGUUAUGGUGUAUCCAGGCGAAGGGGCUGGGGCAGAGUCAUCACAUCACACCAUAAAACAUAAAAAACAACCCCCAGUGCUACCCCCCAAACCGUUCAACAGGCUGCCCAACCACAUCACAGACGGUAUGCCAGUGAAGCUGCCCUGUAUGUCCAUGAAGCUGUCGCCUCCUCUACCUCCUAAGAAGCUGAUGAUCUGUGUGCCUGUGGGUGCGGGGGGGAGCAUGGAGCCCUCGGCCCUCACCUUUCAGAAGUGCCCCCCUCCCUCCCACCACGUGGGGUCCCUGGGGGGCCACUCCCUACAUUACGGGACCCUCCCUGUGCCCCUACACCCCCCCAGCCGCAUCAUCGAGGAACUCAACAAGACCCUGGCCCUCACUAUGCAGCGAUACAAGAGCUCGCUGCACCACGCGGUUCCCGCGGUGAUGAUAGCAUGUGACUACAACAAAGAGAACCUCCCCAAUGAGGAAGACUAUCAAGAACUACCUGGUUCGUACAGGGAUGAGGAUGAUGAAGAAGAAGAUGACGAUGAUGAUGAUGAUGAUGAUGAUGAUGAAGAAGAGGAGGAAGAUGAUGAAGAUGAAACACUCUUUACAAGUACCCUGGCUCUGAAGGUGUUGAGGAAGGACUCCCUGGCCAUUAAGAUCAGUAACCGUCCGUCACAGAGAGAGCUGGAGGAUAAGAACAUACUGCCCACACAGUCAGACCAGGAGAAACUGGAGUUCAGGCAGCAGAUAGGCACCAAGCUCACACGGAGGUUGAGUCAACGGCCAACUACAGAAGAGCUGGAACAGAGAAACAUACUCAAACGCCACAAUGAGCUGGAGGAGCAGGAGGAGAUGAGGGAGCUCAAGAAACGCCUGUCGAGAAAGUUGAGUCAGAGGCCCACGGUGGAGGAGUUGAGGGAAGCUAAGAUCCUGACCCGCUUCAGUGACUACGUAGAGGUUGCUGACGCUCAGGACUACGACAGGAGGGCAGACAAACCCUGGACACGACUCACAGCUGCUGAUAAGGCUGCCAUACGUAAAGAACUCAAUGAAUUUAAAAACACAGAGAUGGAAGUGCAUGAGGGUAGUCGCCAUCUUACCAGGUUUCAUCGACCGUAGUUCUUCUUCUGCCAUCUUUUACAAUAACCUCAAGUGCUGGAUCGCAAACUACUGCCUCUGUGUACCACACCCCUUCGCUUCCAGACCAGAACACAACAAGACCAGAACUGGUCCAGAACCACACUAGAACCAGAGUAGAACAUGUACUGAAACUGACCAGAAAUGUAAUCUGAACCUGGGAGGGGUGUGUGUACAGAACUGGGCAGCUGACACUACUCCAGGCUCCAGUGUUGACCCAAAAUAUGUGCCAAUAUCUAGAGAGGGCAGACUGGACCAAUCACAACAGUAUCUUGGUUCUGUGUUUAUAGAGAGGUCACAGUGUGGCCACGUCGGGGUUGUGGAGAGGGAGCAUCGUACACAUGGAGAGAGAUUGAUGGAAAGCACUGGAUGGACUGACUGACUGGGUUCUCCUCUAAACGGAGAUUAUAUGGACUAAAACGUAUUGUUUUUAACAGCCUUUUAUUAUCCUUUUUAAUUAUGAAGAUAGUUCAUGUGUUUACUUUACUGCACUUUAGUUUUUGACGGUACUCUACGGAGGGGUUAUGGAACUCUAUUCCUAUAUCUGUGCCAACAAGACUUUGGGAUUGUGGGAAAUUGAGUUUGGGAGGGUAUCUGUAAGGAAUACAGAGAGACAUCCAACAACUGAUUGGUUAAAAAAUUAUUAUCCUCCAUUGGUUAAUGUUCCUGCCUUUUUAAUACUUUUUGGUACAUUAUUAGUUUGACUAUUUUCCAUUGUGGGCUGCUGUUUCCAAAACAGAGGGACCAAACCCUUUUAAUCUGAUAGUACUGCAGAAUAGGAUUCUGUAAUAAGUGUGUUGUGGUUAAAGUACUAUUUUACAAUACCGUACACGGUAUGUGCUAUUCUGAAGGAAACUGUAGUAGGAGAAUAUGAUCGGAAUAUUUACCUCUAAAAACGUUGAAAUACAACACAAAACUCUCCUGUCCAUGUUGUGUUCAUGUUGGGAUAGUGAAAUGUGAACCAAGCAAUAAUUGAACUUUUCUUUCCUCCAUCUGUCUGUCUUUCUGGGCUGCGUUCAAGUGAACAAGUACUGGGAACAUUUCAGAGAGCUACCCGCUCAAUACCAAAUACACUUUGAAAUGCUGUUGUGAUCUUGAAUGCAACCCAGAUCAUCAUUAUUACUGUUGAGAGUUCUGCAACCCUCUGUAUAGUGUCACUGUGCCUGUUGUAUUGUUUACAGGGAUGAAAACAUUGCCAAAUGUACUUUGUUUGAAUGACAUUUGAUCAAGUAUGUUGUCAAUAUAAUGUUUCAGUAGCGUGCUCCAUAGACUGGUAAGUAUCAGUUCUGAAUGGAAUGGAAUUGUUCAAUUUCUCAAUGUUCUCAAAACAGGAAUUGUAUGGUUCCACCUGGUUUGGCCUCAUAGUGGAGAACCUAUAUUAGACCACCCUUUGGCUGUGAAUGAAAGUACAGUACCACCUUUUGCUCACAAGAAGCCAGACACCUCAAAA